AUGGGCAUUCUCGACGCUCUCCGAGGCCGUCAGAGUACCGAUCAGAUCACAAACGGGGGAGCGAAUAAGGACGACCACCAAAAUGAAAAAUCCGUCACAGCUGCCGAGGGCCAACCGCCCUCGUAUGACCACGAAACACCCCCGACCUCUUCGGAUGGGUCGCACCAGGGCGACAUGUUCGACGAUGCGAAGGAAUUAGCGCACAACCCCGACGCAGUCACCUCGGACGCAGAGUUGGGUCAGCAAAAGGCCGAAGCAGCAGCUCUAGUGUGGGGUCGACCCGCCUUGGUGGGAAUUUAUGCAUGGAUCUGGGUCUGUACCUUCAUGCUGGCUUUCCACUCAACGAUUAGCGGCGUUUUGAUCAACUAUAUUCAGGGAGGAUUCGGGGCCGCACCCCAGGUCUCCACUUCCUAUAUCCUGGCGAAUAUCGUGGGUGGGGUCAUGAAACUCCCCCUGGGUAAGACGCUGAAUUUGUGGGGUCGUGCAGAGGGUACUAUCGUCUCUGUCUCGGUGUACCUGCUCGGCAUGGUUGUGCUAGCCUCUUGCAAUGGCCCCAGCGGGUAUGCCGCGGGCUAUACCUUAUAUUGGAUUGGAUACUACUGCUUAUACCUGAUCUUGAAUGUGUUCGUUGCCGAUACGUCCGGUCUCAGGAACCGAGCGUUCGCUUUUGGAUUUAUGCAGACUCCUUUUAUUUGCACGGCCUUCACGGGCUCUUUGGCUGCCAACUCCAUCUACACCAAGUAUGGUUGGCGUUGGGGCUACGGCAUCUUUUGCAUUGUGACCCCGUUCGUUUUCUUGCCUCUCGCCAUGGUGUUCAAAUAUUAUGAAAAGAAAGCCAUCAAGCAAGGUGUUUUCCGCAAGCAACCGAGUGGUCGCACUACGAUGCAGUCGAUCGUCCAUUACCUUCAUGAGUUCGAUGUUGUGGGUGCCUUAUUCCUUAUGGCUGCCUGGGUUCUAUUCCUAUUGCCGUUCAGUCUGGCGCAGAAUGGCCGUGCCGCAUAUAAAAGCGCAAGCUUCAUUGCCCCCCUCGUGGUCGGUGUCUUGAUGUUCUUUGUGUUCGCCGCAUGGGAGAAAUGGUGCGCACGAACUCAUUUCAUUCGAUAUGAACUGAUCAAGCGUCCCACUAUUCUUGGUGCUUGUAUAUUGUCUGCUACUCUUUUCUUCAGUUUCGAGUUGUGGGACCAAUAUUUCUACAACUUUAUCAUCAUCACUUACGACAUUGGCACGGUCUAUGCCGGAUAUAUGAUCCAGAUUUACAACGUCGGCUCCUGCUUCUUCUCUCCGGUUAUUGGAGCUAUCAUCUGGUCUACUGCGCGUUUCAAGUAUAUUUGCUUGUUCUUCGGGGCUCCCUUGAUGAUCCUCGGCUCCGGAUUGAUGAUCUACUUCCGUGGCUCCGACCAUGGCAUCGGCUAUAUUGUGAUGUGUCAGAUCUUCAUUGCCUUCGCCGGCGGCACCUUGGUUAUCGGCGAGGACAUGGCAGUCAUGGCAGCCGGUGGUCGCGAGGGCACUCCGAUGAUGCUGGCCCUCAUCGGACUAUUCUCGAAUAUGGGCGGAGCCAUUGGUUUGGCUGUCGGUGCAGCCAUCUACAACAACGUCUUCGUCGAUACCCUCGCCGAGCAACUUCCACCUGAUCUGAAGUCCAACGCCACCCAGAUCUACCUUGAUGGCAUCAAUGUACAGUUGACAUAUCCCUUCGGCACACCCCUUCGUGACGCUGUUGCCUACACUUGGGGCUAUGCCCAGCGCAUGAACUGCAUUGCCUCUACCGCUAUCUUGGCCUUGACCAUUCCAUGCAUCAUGGCCUGGAAGAACUACAAUGUCAACCAGAAGCAGAACAAGGGUCGUAUGAUUAUCUAG